CUUUGAGUUAGUUGAAGUACUGAUUAUUAUUAACGAAACACAAACUGUGUAAAUGUUAAAACUGAAGCUCAUAUUAGUUUCAUUCCAGAGAAAUGUACCUCACUCUUGGUCUUGGUCAAAAUUUGCACAAUAUUCACAAACAACACAUAACACUACACCUGCUUUAAACGUAACCUUUUAACUAAAAUGCGCAAUAGACAUCAACAUCUUCAGGAUGGAUUGGCCUGAAAGUUUUGUACCGACAUUCAUGGUUCCCUGAGGAUGAAUCCUACAUUAACAAGUGACUCUGCUAUCUGCUGACUUCUGCUCCAGCGUUGCUAUGAGGUGCACAUUUGUGGUUUUGAGCAAAAUGUUGGAUGCAACAUGAAAUUCAGUACAACAAUUCAUGCCCCCUUCAGGAUGAAUUGUAAUAACCUUUAUGAUGACCUACAUUUAGCAUCCAGCACCACCAUUGGGUAAAUACCAAUUAAAUAUCCUCAAAGCGAAUUCAAUUCCCAUCAUCCUCCUUUGUACUAUGUGUUUAACUCUUGGUCUUGCCGUCAUAAAAGUUUCAAAACUUGAAAAAAUAAAUCUUGGAGACUUUAUACAGCAAUAUAGCAGUUGGGUUGUGUUGGCGUUUGCUUCAUUUAUUGUGUCUCAACUCAUUAUCUCCGUGGUCAAAGUGACAGCAUGUGCAUUGCUUCUAAUAUCAGCAUGUCCAGGUGGCGGCAGAGCCACUCUGAAAUAGCUAUAGAUACACAACUGCUUAACCCCCUUAUACUCAGCCCCCACAGUCCAGCUGACCAGUUAUGCACUGAAGAAAGAAAAGAUCAGAGGCGCUUGCACACUGUCUCCACUGAAGAUCGAAUUUUUAACUGUGGAAAAGUUCUGACGAGGACAAACAGACGGACAGUAUACAGAAAAGUUAAGUGUGAGUGGAAAGAAGGUUUGCAAGAAGAAAGGAUAAGCCAAAAAAAUUUUUUUUUUGCAUUUCUCAUCCACACUGAGCUAACCCCGAACAGGACUGGUGUUUGGUUGGUUGACGUGUUGGCUGGUGGAGGCAGCAGCAGCGAGGAUGUGCAGUGUCGAUGGAUCACGUCGAGCUGAGCUGGAGUGCAGCGUCCUGGAGGAGGACUGGCAGAGAGGGCAGAGCUACACGGCUCAGUGGCACAGCCUCACCCCAGUUCCGGAUCACCAGCGCGGGCUGAUAGUGAUGGAUCCCGAGCGCUCAGCCCAGCACUGGGAGGCCAGGAGGCUCCUCCAGCGAUUCCUCUCAGGAGCCAUCAGCAAGAAUUGCCCACAUCCGAAAACAACCAGAUGUGCACAUCAGUCCAUCUCCGACCCCUCGGCCGCGGUGCCAAAGGUGCAGCGAGGCUCGGUUCAUUUCCAGAAGGAUGUGGGCAGUGUGACCGUGAGACCGAAGAGUAGCGUGGUAGAGACCAGCGAGAGGACGACCGUGGUGAAGAUAGCAAAGUUGUCACGUUUCCUGGGCUGAAACUUUUGUUUGUGGAAA